AUGAUUCAACACCGACAACGCUCGUGCAGCCUAAACCACGCUCACCCCUGUCCUUCUUCGAAGAGGAGAUGCUCCGAAGCGUCGCUACGUUUGAAGAGAGUCUCUCAGAUAAUUCUGGAACGCCUUGUCCAGAGCGGCAUUGACACGGCACGGGUCGCACCACAGUUGCUACAGCCUUGCCUCCCAACGGCACCCAAAAUUGAACUAUGGGAAAGGCUUCUGUACACGCCGAUGCGAGUAUCGAACAGGGAUCUCCAGGAAGCUUUGCCAAUCAACCCUGCAACGGCGACGAGAUUGCCCCAAGACCAGGAGCCCAGAAUGACGUUGUAUAUCCGGUCUUUCCAAAUGACGGUGGGCGAGCUGGAGAGUGUCGUGGCACAUCUCCAUGAGGCUGGACUUGAAUAUGCAAAGGGAACUAUCUGGCUGAACGCCAUGGAAGGCAUGCGUCCUAAUGACCUUGUGUACGUAAGGUACGUUGGACGGACGACGCGAGGAGCGUUCCGACGUCACCACGAGGAUCUUGUGACGCGCAAAUCAGGAUUUUUAUCGAAAUUCCUUACCUGCCUGGAGAGGGAUCAUCCCACAAUAAUCGACUCCGCAUCGCUUUAUGCAUUUCCGGACACCCAGGUCAUAACUGCCUCGGGAACUUGUCAGUACAUGGAAACCGUGGAAAAAGUGUGCAUCUCCUUACUCGGCCUUCCGUCCCUUCUCAAUCGAACACUUAGCAAUGAACAGCGCAAGAGAUUCCAAGCAUUAGGGACGAGAACAAUCGCACGGCUGUCUCCGUUGCGCUUUGAAGUCCUGCAACGGCGUACUCAAAUCUCAGCUUGGGCUGCGGACAUUCAGCAAUAUGCACGAGACCAUCGAGUAACGGUUUCCCUUUUUAGAAACAGGUUCCAUGACUUUUCAGAUGCGCUUAAGACAAUGAUGGUUGAUCAAGCGAUGCCUUCACGACUAGACGGAAGAUAUGUACUUCUCCUGACUGUCGGGGCCCGGCAUCACAAUUCAGCAUUGAUGUUAAAGUCCUCAUUGAAUAGACUUUGGGCCUGGGAGGGGGAGGACACUGGCACAAGGAAUUGUUUCGAUGAGUUGGUCUCUGCAGGGGUAUUCCCAUUCGUGGAUCUCUGUCCGUGGUACAAGGCAGAAGGACCGGAUCUUUUGGCGGCCACGGGAUUCCUGAAGAGGUAUACAAUGCUUGUCCGGCCACUUGUCAUUCUCACAAUGUCUGCAAAAUCUUCGGCUACGAUAGCCUCCGGGUUCACGCAUCCGUUCGGCUACCCAUCGUCAUGUCGCUUUUGGACGGAAGUCAGUCGACUCAACUUGGUAUACUGCGACGGGCUUUGGUACAUUCAGAUCCCGUGCUUUCAUCCUGGUCAAGGCCGGUUUUCUAUCGAGCCGGAAGUGUUCGCUAGGGUCUUGGAUAUGACCCUGUGGGUCCUUCUUCUGACGAUCAGUACGGCCCUCGACUCCGCGGAGACGUCUUGGAACGAAAGCAGAGAAGACUGGUGUAAGCACAUCAAACAGGAGGUUGACAGUGUCCUUUGUGAUAAGCAGUUCUACAAGACCUUUGAUCGUCUAAAGGAAGAGCUCCAUGCGGAGCGACCCAAAAAGGCACCGAAGAUCUUGGAUGCGAGUAAUAGGUCUAGAAUUGCUAUUGCGACCAGGAAAGAUAUGGAUCGUUUCGUCUACAGCGGGUUUGCAGCCGGUGAUAUCAUGUCGGACCGCCGCAGACAGCAGGCGUAUCGCCUUUGGAACUUAAAUCUUCCCGAACUGCAUGUCCACAUCAGUCGUGAAAAUGCGCAUGAUUGGUUUUUGUGGGCUAAUGCAGUGAGGCCUGGGACGUCCUUUUUCGUGGAUGCCAUAGUAACAGCACUGAGCCCAUCGAUUACCGGACACAAUCAGAGCAAUUGUUCUGUGCCUGAAUUCCCAUCUUCCCCAGUCCUCUCUGAUGGGAUCCAGGCGUUAGUUGCGGGAAUACUGCUGCAACGAAAUGGCGGACUCUCAUCGGCAGAAGUUAGAGAAGAGGUCACUGCCGAGCUUUCAAGCAACCUUGACGUCUGGCAGUGGGUUCAUGUCGCCAGAAUGGCCGAGGCAAUAUCACCCGACCGGGUGUUGCGAUUCAAGCCAGUGUAUCUAUCACAACUCAACGCGACUGAGGUCUUCAUCUGGAAGAAUCGCACCUUUGGCAUCUACUGGGUAGACCCCCACGGGGAGAAACACAAAUUUAUCAUGUGUCCUCCUCAAUCCAGCCACGAAACCACCAGAGCAGGAAGGAGGUUCAUAUUCUUCACCGAGAACGGCAUCGAUCUGCGCGAUGAAGCCGGCUCUUCAUUCCUAAGUUACGCUGGAGCUUUGGGACCCCGCAAUCGGGUCACAUUUCCCGUACAGCGUCUCUCAGGCAGCCAGAAAACUGCGGAACAGGGUUAUAAGCUUAUAGAUCUGUGGCAGAUGGAGACGGGAUUGAAUUGGGAAAGGACUAUAUCCCAAAUGGUUAUCGAAGCCCCCGAAACACUCGGACCACCGGGUGCAGAUCCUCUCCCGAGGGCCUUCUUUUAUGGGGAGGGGCGAGAAUUGAUCCGGCCAAACUGGUCCGAUGACAGGCUUCAGCCCUACAAGGAGCCGCCGCAGCCAGCAGAUGAAACCUGGCUUCUGCUACGCUGUCUGCAAGAGCAUUGGCCGACUGGGGGCACAUUGUUCAUUGGGGACCCUGAAAAAUGGCCAGCGCGAGUGGAGAGCAAUAUCUGGGUCCACUUCAGGCAGUGA